AGGAGCCCCUUAAUUCACAUAUCAAUUUGAUUCGCGAGUGCUUGCAGUUACAUAGACACGACAACAUACUUAAGAAUGCCCAGGGACGAGCAAUACACCAAGAACAAAUCUGAUCAAUAUGUCGAUGGACUCGCAGAGGAAGGUCUGGAGGAGGGCAAUCCAUUCCAGCAAAAUGCCGCAGAUGAUCAGCUGAUACUCGACCCGAACGAGGCUGCAGUUGCGGCUGUUAUGAGUCGCGACGAGAACGCAGCAACGGCUAGCAAGGGCAGCACUAACGACAUGAAACGUGAUGAUGCCCAAUUUCGUCACCUGAACCAGCCCAAAACCACCAAUAUAUUCCUCCGGCAAAACUCGGCAGAAUCCUCUAUGACAACUGAGCCAGACGACACCGACGUCGAACGAGGUGGCUCACCCGAACGCAGGGGUUCGUCAGCAAAACACCCCCGGUCCAUAGUUGACGAUGCGACUGGCGAUGCCUCCAAUGAAUCCGACCCUGAGGUCCGCCGGCUUGUCAAACGUGCCCGCGGAGAUGAUGGUCGGGCUGUAAUCAUCCAGCCUGAUGACGACGUUGAGGAACAAGACCGCAAAAUGCAGGCCAAUUUCGAUGUCCGCAACCCCGGCUACGAUCAUGAUCACGAAAUUGACGAGAAUGAACCCCGACAGACGGCCGAGGAGGAUUUCGACCGUCCGACCGAAGUCGCGCCUAUGCCGCUCGUUGACAAAAUCUCGGAGCAUAGGGAUCACGAUCCUGUCCCGAGAGACGCUGACGAUCAGGACGACGAUAUAGAGACAAAAAGAGAUGAUGACUACGAUGUGGAAAACUAUGCCGAGUUUGAGGACGACGAUGACGAUAUGGAAGGACCCGCCAGGGACACAGUUGGGAAUGAAGAGCUACUCAUCGAUGAGGAUGAACUCAAUGGAUGAUUGAACUCGGUCGUGGCAUCACAGUCGUCCCCUGGCAUAGACACGGGGUUGUGCGCAUUUCCAUGUGUACAUACAUGUAUUGUAACGGUAUAACCCGUGCAGCUUGACAGCUCAACUACCUACAUG